AAGAAAGGCAGAAAAAACAAUACAUUGCAAUUUACUUACACCCAUGUUGGACCCAAAAAGAAAUUCGAUAUAUCGACAUCGAAAAAUUUCCAUCGAUUUAUCGCACUCCAUCGGUUCCAUCGAUAAUAUCGAUGGUGCCAUCGAUGGUUUUCCCAGCUCUACUCUACAAAACAACUGCGUAAAACAAGCGAAAACAAGUACGGAAUAAUUGCAGAAAUUUUGGAAAAGUGCAAAUUAUAAUUCUAUUUUAGUUUGUUACUAGUGAAUUCAAGUGAAAAAACCGUUAUUUUACCGGAUUCCAACUGGGUAAUCUGUGCAGCAAACUGAAUCCUGCGGAUAGUCAGCGGCAGCGGCGGCCCCACAGCCUUGCUUAUAUGGGCGGCAACAGUACGGCGGGUGGAGGAGCCAAUUCAUCGGCCUUCAGUGCCGGGGGUUACAUAGGACCCACUGCAAUUGGGGGUGUUUCGAGCUCGUCAGCCAAUAACAAUGGGAACAACAGUCUGGGUGCUGCUGGUGGCAGUGAUUUGAUACCAGGCCCCAUUGGCACGGCUCCCCCCAUUACAUCUUAUGCCUAUGGCGGCACCAGCUGGGAGGAGUUCUGCGAGCGUCAUGCACGUGUUGCUGCCUCUGAUUUUGCAAAGGCCUGCAUCACCUAUAUAAAUGGAAAUUUGCCCCCGGAGGAGGCACGGAAUAUUCCGCAUCGUAGUUUUGCUCAAAAAUUUGUUGAAUCUUUUUCGGAACACUACGACACGGAGUUUUUUAGGCGGCGUAGCAAUCUGAAGACGGGCGUAAGCUCUUUAGACUUUGAAGAGGAGCAUGAGGUUCCCCGACUGUUUCCCAAAUCCCUCCUAAGGCGAUUGUCAUUCAAGGGACUACGCAAGGGCAAGGCAUUCUUUCACAAAAACUCUGACGACGUUGAUGGCGUGGGCAGUAGCAAACAAAGCAAAACAAAGCUGGCAAAAAUUGUUGUCGAAUGCCGUAAGGAAGGAAUUGUGAAUAAUUUGACACCAGAGAGUUUGGAUCAGCCAACCGGUUCACAGAAGUGGGAGAAAUGCCGUUUGGCUUUGGUUAAAGCGGUAGGUGGUUAUAUGCUCGAGUUCUAUACACCACCAAAAUCGACAAAGCCACGCAGUGGUGUAUUCUGUUUCCUAAUCUCUGAGGCGCGUGAGACAACUGCCCUCGAGAUGCCAGAUCGUUUAAACACAUUCGUUCUAAAGGCGGACAAUAAUAUGGAGUAUGUAAUUGAGGCGGAAAGUGCUGAGGAUAUGCGCAGUUGGUUGGCUACCAUCAGAUAUUGCAUGCGCACACCGCCCACGCAACAGCCCAUGAUUGAGUCGGAUGUGAUAGCAGCUGCCAUGCAAACAUCACCAACCACAAAUCCCAAUGGGCCUGGUGGUCCUUUGGGUGGCAUACAGAAUCCGCAGUAUCAACAGCAAGGCGGAUUGGGUGGCUCCAAUGGCAAUCUAGUGGGAAGCAGUGGCGCUGUUUUGGCUUCCUCCCUUUCGGCAGACAGUGCAUUGGCUUCUGGUGGAGGUGGUGCUGGAGGUGCUGCUACCUCUUCAAGUGAUUUAAAUGCAAUCAAUGAACUCGGCACUACUCCACCAUCUGCUCCUACUGCUAAUGAAAUGCCUCAUGGUCCUCGUCAUGUGCGUGGCGAACAGAGAUUGUCGGCUUCCAGCAAUUUUGAUGGCGUCGAGCUAGUCGAUAAUGAAACGGAUGUCAAUGUAGCCGAUCUGACAGCCGAAAUGCGUUUAUUCCCUUGGUUCCAUGGCACACUGACACGUUCAGAGGCAGCUCGGAUGGUCCUCCAAUCGGAGGCUGCUGGUCACGGCUAUUUCCUAGUGCGGCAAAGUGAGACGCGACGCGGUGAAUUUGUUCUGACAUUCAAUUUCCAAGGCAGGGCCAAGCAUUUGCGUUUGACUAUCUCGGAUAAGGGCCAGUGUCGGGUGCAGCAUUUGUGGUUUCCCUCAAUACAAGAGAUGCUUGAGCAUUUCCGACAUAAUCCCAUACCGUUGGAAUCGGGAGGCACUUCAGAUGUGACACUAACAGAUUGGGUGCAUAACAAUAGCAGACUGAACGAUGUGGGCGGCGCCACGGGAGGUGUCAGCAGAACAUCAGAAUCCAACAAUUCGGAGAUAAAUGACACGCCAACUGGUGCAUCAUCAGGAACAUUAAAUGGCAAUGGAAAUGGAUCCGUAACCGGUACUGGAACGGGAGCAUCUGCUGCCGGUGGACAUCCGUCGCCGAGACAUUGCAACGAAGUGAUUACCAUGAAUCUAAGUGUUCGACUAAAGACAAACGAAAUCGAACUGCCACAGGAGCAAACACAUGCCUAUUUUCCGGAGCAAGUCUAUUUUCAUUUGGAUCCCACAACGCUAACGGUACACAAUUCACAGCAACUGUUGCCCUCAUCCGGUAACCAGAGUUUCCUGGAUCAUCAACAGCAGCAGCAUCAUCAAGCGCAUUUGCGUGCCUCCAACGCCUCACUGCAGGCACAGGCGGCACAUCAUACUCAUCAUCAUCCACCGACGAUGCGGCAGCAACAGCAACUACAACAUGGUGGCAUCAAUAGCGAGGCCAGUGGCAGUGCCAACGCCAAUGCCGGUGGCAGCGGUGGCCCUGGUCCAGCAAGCAGUGCAGAAUGUACUGGACGAGCCGUUGAUAAUCAGUAUAGCUUCACCUAAACCAAAACUUAAAAAAAAAAGAAACUACGGAAAACAGAAACAAACCAAAAUUGAGGAAAAAGGGGUUAAGAAUUAGUCGUGCAUUGAUUUUUGUUUGAUGUUUUCAAUUGGAUAUUCUUUGCGGAUUUUAUAUUUUGUGCCAUUGUUUUUAAUUAGCAGCAGCAGCUAAAGAGAAAGAAAACUUGUGUUUCUAUUUUGUUUUCGGCUUAAGAAACAUGUUGAUUUGUGUAGUCUAUUUUCAUUAUCUUCUACUUGUUUCUAUAUACGAUAUAGACAUUGAUUUAAGGUACCUUAUUUCGAAGACAUGAAGUAACUGAAUAUUAUUAUAUUAUGUAUACAUUAUAUAGCUAAAUGUGUGUUCAUUUUAAGUACAUUAACGUUGUAUGUAUGAAAAAGAAACAAAAAAUUAUAAACAAAAACAAAAAAAAUCAGAAAAAAAUUUAAAUUUUUGGUGGCACCAAAGGUGCAACACAUUGCGAAUCCUAAAACUUCCUGCUUUACAAGAAAACCAUGCAUACAUACAUAAAAACUAUAACUAUAAAUAUAUAAAUAUAUAUAUAUAUAUAUAUUGUGAAUGCUAAAUUACAAUAAAUGAAGUUAUGUAAAAGUAA